CGACGAUCUGGAUGCUGAACAGUAAAGAUUCAAACGUAGAAGAAGAAGGUAGCUGGGUCCCUCAGGUACCUGCUUCUUAUCUGUUGUCGGUGUCAUCUCGGUCCAAAUUACAGGAUGGCACAGUGGGGUGCCAUAUUCUCAAUAAUUGUGGCGCUUGGAGGAGCAGCACUUUUAGCCUCAGUACACAAGAUUGAUGAAGGACACAUUGGAGUUUACUACAGGGGAGGGGCUCUCCUGACCACCACCAGUGGCCCUGGUUUCCAUCUUAUGCUUCCAUUCAUCACCACCUAUAAGUCUGUUCAGACAACGCUGCAGACAGAUGAGGUGAAGAAUGUUCCGUGUGGCACAAGUGGAGGAGUGAUGAUUUAUUUUGAUCGCAUAGAAGUGGUGAACUAUCUCAUUCCAUCAGCAGUGUACGACAUAGUGAGGAACUUCACAGCGGACUACGAUAAAGCUUUAAUAUUCAACAAGGUUCACCAUGAGCUAAACCAGUUCUGCAGUGUUCACUCGCUGCAAGAGGUUUACAUCGGCUUGUUUGACCAAAUUGAUGAAAACCUGAAGCUGACACUACAGGAGGACCUGACAUCCAUGGCACCUGGACUUAUCAUACAGGCAGUCCGUGUGACAAAACCCAACAUCCCAGAGAGCAUUCGCCGGAACUACGAGCUCAUGGAGAGUGAGAAGACGAAGCUGCUGAUCUCUCAACAGACACAGAAGGUUGUGGAGAAGGAGGCAGAGACAGAGAGGAUCAAAGCUGUGAUCGAGGCUGAGAAAGUGGCACAAGUGGCAGAGAUCAAGUUUGGACAGAAAGUCAUGGAGAAGGAAACAGAAAAAAAGAUAUCUGAAAUUGAAGACAGUGCUUUCCUGGCCCGGCAGAGAGCCAAGGCAGAUGCAGAGUUCUAUACAGCACAGAGAGCUGCUGAGGCCAACAAGCUGAAAUUAACACCAGAGUACCUGCAGCUAAUGAAGUACAAGGCCAUCGCAGCCAACAGUAAAAUCUACUUUGGGAACGAUAUACCCCAGAUGUUUGUGGACUCUGGCUCUGCAGGGAGCUCCAUCAAGGCAUCUGCAGCCAUGGACAUUGUGGGUGAGCACAUCCUGGACCUGGAUUAAGUAGUGGGACCCACAGAACCUCCCAGGGGUGGAGGACUAUCUGCUGAAGGGCAGUAGUCUGGACCACAGGCAGGUAGGCUGCAGGUUCUCCCUCAGGCCCAGAGAGACUCUGCUGACCAGGGCCUGUAUUUCUCAAACAUCUCAGAAUCACUGCUAGAAAUCACACUGAAAGUUUGACUAGGAAGUAAAAUUCUUCUACCUCAGAGCAGAGGGCCUUCAUUUUUGAAACUUCCUAUGCUUCUGCUUGUCCUGACAGAGAAUGCCAUCGUCUAGACUCAGAACCAUAAAUUAGCUGGAGCAAAAACUAGAUUAACCUGUGGGUAUAUGAUAAGCUCCUUUAAAACUGACAUUUAGCCCAAACAGUAAUUUAAAGGACCUGGUCCUGCAGCUGCUCAGCUUUUACAGUCUGUGUGACAAGUGUUCCCAGUCACAACAUCACAAAUCACAAAUCCAUCACUACCCAUGUUUAUUCUGUGUAAUCCCUUUGUGUGACAUGUGUUUCAAUUUAGCAUUUGAAGCUGUGAUAUUUGAAUGAAAUCCAAAAAUAUUAAUAAAGUUCAGUGACAGGGUAAAUAAUCAAUAUUAAUUAAUUAAGCUCUUGCAAUGAAUUUGGUCACAAUCCAAAUCACAGUUGUUUUAGUUGCAUUGUCCUUGUUAAAUGAAUUGACUUCGCUAGGCCUCAUGCCUCGAAGUUACAGCUGCUAUAAGCUUUCAGUUGUUGCACAACUCAGCAGUUUACAGUCACUGAAAUUCUGAAAGUAAUUUUCUAAACAGUGACUCCUCGAUUUCAGACAGAUGAAGAUAAAAGCAGGCUUCUCAUUUCCAGCCUGCAGCCAGUGAUUUAGCUGGCUGAAAUGGCCACUUUGACAUAUUUCUGUAGCUGUAGCUAGCAGAUUAAGCUAACGUUAGCUGUCUGAGUUGGUUGAAACAUUGUCUAUGGUUAACUUUUUAAGUUCAUAUUCAAAUGAGAAUGGAGCAUGAUGGCUGCAUACAUUAUUUCAUGCUAACAGACUGAGGCUAAUUUUUGCAGCAGAACAUUGCUAUCAGUUGAAUAUUCCUGUUCAAAACAUGACAAUAAAAAACACCAUUGUUCUUGUAUCGCAGUUUAGAGCUUGUUAGUGUUAUUAGCACUAUGUGAAAAAAUAUGAGAUCAUUCUUUUUUAGUCUUUCAUCUGAACCCUGUUUUGCUACUUAACUUAAAUACUCAUAUUUUCAGACAUGUUUUCACUCAAAUGUUAAAAAGAAAAAAAAUGGAUGAGAGAUGAUUAUUAACCAGGGCAAAUGCAACACUAAUGAGUUUAACUUACAAGUUUUUUUAAUUGUAACUUGUAACCUUAUACAGUAAUGUAUUUAGUUAAUAAUUCACUAACUCUUUACUCUGUAGGUAAAGUGAAGUUACCACCAUAGUUACAGAGCUUGUUAGCCACACAUGCUAACAAUUGCAUUUUACUGUCGAGCAGAUGAACACAGUUAGGUUAGAUUCAAAUCACUGUUUACCAGAGGGGUUUAGUGAACAAUUACUUGCAGCUCCUUAAAGCUUCGUAAAUGGAGGAGAAAACUUUUAUUCCACUAAAUCUCUUUGUGGAAACUAUGUUAUUUUCAAUGAUACAGUUGGUUCUACAUUCUCACACAAGGUCAAGGACAAAGCAGCUCUGCAGCUCCUAAACCCUUGAGGACACAGAAUGACUUAACAAGAUCAAUAAUGAAAUGCUGAUACUCUGCCAAAAAGAGGGACCAAAUAUAUGUGUGGUGGGCUGUGAUUUCUUACUCUGAGCAGCUUGAAAAAUACUGGCCCUGACCAGAUAUAUCACUGUAAGCAAAUCACAGAGAUGAUGAAUGUACUGUGUGUAUGUCAGAUAUAACGUCACCACUCCAUUUGUGUGUUUCUGUAUGUUUUUGUAAAAUUUCUUUUCAGCACAGAGGACUUGUUGAAUAUUGUGCAGCUGCAUGAAGUUGUACUACAUUUGGCUGUAUAUGUAUGAAGGACUUUGUUUCUCACACUGUACAUGUAGUAGAGGCUUUAUUUGUGCAACUGUUUGUUUUUUCUGUUUUGCAUUAGGAUUUUUAUUCAAACUUGAAAAUAUCAUGUUGUGAUGAAAAGCAGCUAUUGUACACCGGUUUAAUAACCAAACUACAGACACAUGACAUCAGCUACAUUCAGCCAUUUUUAAAAUUCAUUUAAUAAAACCUUUUCAUGUACUUUCUGUCCUGUAAGAACCUUCACAGGAUACGUACAGUAGUGAAUUGCCUUUGAGCCUUUGGUAAUAUGACCCAUCGCCCCAGAGGAGGAAGACAUGUACUAACGGACUGAAUCACUGCAGCUUUGCCUGCGUCAGUCAUCCGUAGGAGUCGGUUUUUCACUGUGGACACCUCAAAACCUGUUUUAUAGAAAUCUUGACAAGAGCAGGACCAAAAUAUGUAGUCCAUUUUAGCAGGACAUUUGUCCAAGUGAACUAUUUGGUUUGUUUUUCAGCGCUUGACAAAGUUUGUGCAGUUGUUGUGGCACUGAACAGAAUGAAUUAGAAUGAGUUGGUGACCAUAUGAUGUGUUUUCCAAAGAACCACUCUGCAAUACUCUGACUCACUUCACAGCUCAUGGUGUAGAGGAAAGGUAGCUCCAAAUUUGGUGUGGGGCAUGCUUAGGCAUUGAUUCAGGGAACAGCGUAUGUUUUUGUUUUUUGUUGUUUUUUUCCCACAGUGAGAAAAUAUUUUCUGAGUUAAAUGGCAUUUGGCUUGAAUUCACUGUAAUCUUAUACAACUUUCAUUUAUCUUGUACUAACAGUUAACCCUGAGCUAGUCACGCCACUCUCUGUUGUUUUAAGAAGUUGGUCCUCAAAGUUGUCAUUUUAAUUCUAAUUUCUCUGGUUAAUUGAGAUUUGCAGUGACUUGAAAGGCACUUUUUUUGCACUGAUUUCAAUUGUGAAUGUGCAAUUAAGAUUUUGUCAUUUGACAAUAAAGUCCUAUGGGUUUGUCUUUAAGAAA